GGGAGAUAAGGACAAUAGAUGUUUGAUAGGAAAGAAGAAACAAACCAUACCAGAGCACCCGCCUACCACCCACACAGCAGUAAUUAGUUGUUGAGUAGUUGUUGUAGACUAAAGUUCUCGGAAGACACAGCAGUGGGUGAGGGAGGAGCUGGAUUUGUCCACAGGUGGAGACGCUCCAGCUGUUGUUAUGGUAACCAUGGUGGACUGGAAGGUGAUUCCUCAGACGCUACUGCUGAUGCUGGCUUGUGCGCAAGCGCCUAUCCCCAGAGACUUUUCCCUCCUGGAGCAGCUAGAAGCUGGCAUGGGGGGCGCUGCAGACGGCACCAUCAACUGGGGGCUGGCAGACGAGAAUGACGUGACCUUGACCUACUGGACUGCCAUGAUCGUCGGCCCGCUCAGUAGUCCGUACGAGGGCAGAAUUUACACACUCAGCCUGGAGUGUGGGCCCGAGUACCCGGCCGAGAAACCCACAGCAAAGUUUCUCACGCGCAUCAAUAUGAAGGGCGUGAACAGUGCCACGGGAGAGGUGCCGCCCUCCACCAUAAGCGAGGCGUGUGGUUCGUCCAAUCCGACCUGUACCCUAGAGGAGAUCUUGACCUACUUGAAGGCUUCGAUGAGCGCACCAGAGAACAAGAAGCUCUCUCAGCCCUCAGAGGGAUCUCUUUACUCAAGCUAGAGUUUGAUUAGAGUUUGGUACUAUUUUUUUCUUUCCUUUUUUCAAAUAAACCUCCCACAAAAUGACAAUAUAUUCUUGCAAAUCGUGUGGUCAUAAGACACUUUUGCCUACUCAAAGUAAAGUGUUAAACAUUUUUAUCUGUCACUUCAAAUAAACUUCAACGAAAAGACAAUCCAUCGUUUCUUUUUUUUUCAUUUUUUUUUUCAAAUCGUGCGGUCGAAAGACAUUUUGGGUACUCAAAGAAGAGUUUUGAAUACUUUUUUCGUUCCUUUGAAUACAUCUCAACAAAAUGGCAAUAAUAAUAUUGUCAUUUUGCAAACUCUAGCUUGUAAAUCUUGCAAAUCGUGUAGUCGUAUGACACUUUAUCUACUCAAAGUAGUUUUUUGAUACAUUUUUACUUCCCUCAAAUAAAUCUCCCACAAAAAUAUUUUUGAGAAUUGUGUGGACAUAAGACACUUUUGUCUACUCACAGUAAAAUGUUAGACUUUUUUUCUAUCACUUCUAAUGGUUCACUCACUCAGUCUGAAGUGUGGGCCCAAGUACCCGGCCGAGAAGCCCACAGCAAAAUUUCUCACGCGCAUCAAUAUGAAGGGCGUGAACAGUGCCACGGGAGAGGUGCCGCCCUCCAUCAUAAACGAGGCGUGUGGUUCGUCCAAUUCGACCUGUACUCUAGAGGAGAUCUUGACCUACCUGAAGGCUUCGAUGAGCGCACCAGAGAACAAGAUACUCUCUCAGCCUCCAGAUGGAUCUCUUUACUCAAGCUAGAGUUUGGUACUAUUUUUUCUUUCCUUCUUCCAAAUAAAUCUCAACAAAAUGA